UGUUGUCUGAAUGGCUGACGAGCGCACAUCAGACGACAGGACUGGCUCCAAUGGUUCUCUGCUGGAUCAUAAAGUUUACAUCGCCAAUGACUCCAACAAAGAGGAGGAAGAACGAAACCUGUGGCCCAGACAGCUUGCUCGAAAAUGGAUAACGAUGCUGUUUAUGGGAUCCUGCCUCCUCUACUGCACCAGGAUGGCCAUGCCGAUCUGUGCGGUGUCAAUGGCCACCACUUUCCACUGGAGUAAAAUCGACUCUGGUCUGGUUCUGGGAGGAUUCUUGUGGGGUUACUGUUGCACACAGAUCCUGGGAGGCUAUGCCAGUGAUAAAGUGGGAGGAGAGCGCGUCCUGUUCAUGUCUGUGGUCUCGUGGGCUCUGAUCACAGCCGGUACUCCUCUUUUGGCCCACUUAAGCUCACACACCCUCGUUCUCAUGACUAUGGCCAGGUUCCUCAUGGGACUAAUGCAGGGUGUUUUUUUUCCGUCUUUGGCCAGCCUUUGCUCACAGCGUGUAGCGGAGGGAGAGAGGGGCUUUUUAAUGAGCACCAUGAGCAGUGGUAGCCAACUUGGGACGUUGUUAGCUGGUGGGAUGGGCUCCCUGAUGCUGCACCAGUAUGGCUGGGAGAGCAUGUUCUACUGUACUGGUUUCCUUACUGGACUCUGGGCGCUCAUUGUCUGGCUGUGUUUAUUAAAAGGUGCAGAAGUCGCCCCCAGACAGAUAAAAACAAGUUACGACCCACAGUGGAGUUUGUCAAGAGCGCGCUGGCUGAGUCUCUUGAAGAAGUCAUCUGUCUGGGCCAUGGUGUUUACUCACAUGUGCCUGGCGAGCACAUGCUACACUUUACUGUGCUGGUUGCCGACAUACUUCAAAGAAUCAUUUCCACAUGCCACGGGUUGGGCGUAUAAUGUGAUUCCAUGGCUUGUUGCAAUUCCUUCAGCGCUUGCUGGAGGAUAUAUCUCAGACUUUUUCAUCAACCAAGGAUACAGUGUAGCGUUGGUGAGAAAAACAAUGCAAUGCUUUGCGAUGGGAGCAAUGAGCGUGUUUAUUGUGCCUCUGUCCGGAGCGGUCACGUUUCCCACUGCUGUGACUUUCGUCUCUGCUGCUAUCGGUCUAUCCACCUUCAGCAGCAGUGGCGUGGGAGUGAACGUGCAGGAUCUCGCCCCGUCAUGUGCUGGCGCCCUCUAUGGUUUUAUGAAUAUGUUCGGUGCCUUCAUGGGACUGGUGUUGGUGUCCGUGUCAGGUUACCUGAUUGAGGUCACGCAGUCGUGGGCCAUCGUGUUCUCCCUCAUCACUUUAGUAAAUGUCGCAGGCCUCGGGAUUUUCAUCUUCUUUGGAGACGCUCGUCGAGUCGACCUGGAAGAUUACAGCCCGGUUAUUGUGAUUUAACGCAGACAUUUCUGUUGCAAUUUCCAGUCUGGAUCUGAUCUGUGAGUCCGGACGUUAAAUCUCAAUCCACAUUCAGUCACAUUUCAUCAAAAUUAGAGUUAAUUCUGAAUCAUUCUUCGCUUAAACUGUGAACAAUAUAGAAAAACUAUCAACAAAGUACAGUAAUUAACAAAAAAAAAGGACAAAGGAAGCACAACUUUGCUAAUCAUAAAAGGUAAAAUACUGCAAACAUUCUCUCUUAAAAAUGAAGGAACUUAACUUCUGUGCAAGUUUUUUUGUGUUUACUUUAAAUCACUGUGGGUUAAACUAAACUGACUACACUGUACAAAUAUUUAAGGCUGUAGAAAUAUUAAAAAUAGAAAGUUUAAUUAUUGCACAGAAAUGUUUACAUGAACAGUGACUAUGAAAAAAUGCAAGCUGCUGACGACACCUGAAGACUUUAAAAGAGAUGUGCGAUGCUGAUGACUGAUUUUAAGGAAUACUUCAACUACAAAAUUGAAUAUUUGUAAAUCAGUUAAGUCUUGCAGUGUUAGCUUGAAUUUGUGUAGAGAACUAUUUAUUGAUAAUCCACAUUUAACAACAAAAAACCCAAACUAUAUCAAAAUAUCUGUUGUUCUGACAACAGAAAUAAACAAGUUCGAGUUUACAUGUCAUACACAAUUCUGAAAAGUAGCAAGUUUUCUACCCUGUAAGUGCCUUUUCAUGUUAGCAUGAUGUCACAGUGAUUCAGUCUAUAUCAAAAUUUGUUUACAAACUCUUACGCAACUUGCGUAGUAUAAUCCAAGU